CUGGCAGAGCCACUGUUUGCGCGGCUGCGCAACGCUCCGGCGGUCAGCCAGAAUGGUAACUCGUAAUGACUGAUCAUAUCUUGCUCUCCCGUAGCAGCGUGUGAGCGACGCCAAGGACUACCGGACGGAACGGAAACAAUUUCAUUGCUACUUGCGAAACCUCGUUGGAGUACGCUAAGCCGGUGGACCCGAGAUAUCCUUUUUGCGCCGAGCCUCAGACUUCAAUUGACGUGCUGCUGUCGUCACACACAAGUAGCGGUCUAGCUGUGGCAGUGCCAGCCGGGAAACCGAGUACUGCUUGUGACAGUGUAGCAUGGGCAGCGUUUGCCACACUUUGGCCCAAAGGAGAGGCACCGAUGGGACUAGGGCGCCCAUCAAGGAUUACGUAGUGUCUUCGCCUUACCCGGCCGUAGAGCUGCUUCCAGACGAGUCCUUCUACCAGCACGUCCAGAGGCGCUUCUUGGAACGCUCUGAUAAGCCAGCACUGGAACGAGAUGGAAAAUGGCUCAGCUUCGCCGAAGUUCUAUCCCUCAUGGAAAGCUACGCCAGCGGCUUCCAGAGGCUCGGUGUCUCGUCGGGAUGUCGUGUUUGCGUCAACGUGUCCAACUCGGCGGCAUCGCUUCUCGCAUCAUACGCCCUAUGUUGCACUGGUGCGGCGGUCGUGCUGGCCAAACCGUCACUGACAGAACGUGAAGUUUUGUAUCAAGUUCAAGAUAGUGGGGCCACCUUCAUCCUGACAGAGAAACAAAACGUUGAGAAGAUUUUGAACAUUCACCAGACUUGUCGUUUUAAGGGCCUAUUUUCGAUUGAGCGAGUCGACGGUUUCCACUGUGUUCAAGAUUUCGAGAAAGAGGAUGGCAGCUCCUUCGAGGAGCCCUUCGUCGAUGAUGCCCGUGAGCACAUUGUGGUCUACACCUACACGUCAGGCACCACAGGCCUGCCGAAAGGAGUGGAGAUCAGCAUGUACGCGUUCAUCGCAUCCGUUGAGUUGGGCAGAAUGGCCGAGUUCUUCUACGAGGACGAAGUAUUUCUUGGAUGGAAUCCUGUGUCACAUGCUUCCGGAUUUAUCCUGCCAAUGAUCGCCCUCAGCUGCGGAGCUAAAAUGGUGCCAUCGCAAGGAGGACUCUCCGCCAAUGAGUUCAUCGAAGUUGUAAACAAGCAUCAGGUGACGUCCCUGUGUGCGUUUCCCACAGCCUUCCGCAAGCUGGUGUUCAGUUUGGAAGCAGGAUUGGCGCCAUCACUGAAGAGAAUCUUGAUGUGUGGAACCGUCUUCCACGAGGACCUGUAUCAGAGAAUAAUGCAGGCAUGUCUGGCAAAGCUGUCGGCGCAGGUAGCAAACCUAACCGAGGACACUUGCAAUGCGUUGCACUUUGCCAGCAUGCGCAUACUCUCGGUCUGCGUGAAAGUUCGUGCACAGAUCGGAGCGCCUGUGCACUCUGUUCGACUCUCUCUCUCUCUCUGA